UAAGCCGGAACUCAAGGUCAAGUCAGUCAACGCGUCAAAGUCAUCUUGUCCAGACGAAUGUUAAAACUUAAAACCGGAGAAAAGUUAAGACCGAAGCUGUUUGUCGCCAAUCCCCAAAUCCGAAAGCUAAGCAAGGAAAUGGCGAUCCCUUCCAGUUCUGCUUAUCUCUUCUUACUCUCCUUUUUCACCCUUUCUCUAUUCCUUGCCAUUUCCACUGCUGAAUCUGAAUCUGAAUUAGAACUGGUGGCCGAUCUCCUCGCCCUUCAGUCCGAAUCCAAAUCAGGAGUCAUCCACUUAGAUGACCGAACCAUCGCCAAAUUCUUAACCUCCCCCAAAACCCCUCGCCCUUACUCUAUCCUCAUCUUCUUCGACGCCACCCAACUCCACGAUAAAACCGAACUCCACCUCCGCGAGCUCCGCCAAGAGUUCGCCCUCGUCGCCUCUUCGUUCAUCACCAACCACAACAACUCCAACACCAAGCUCUUCUUCGCCGACAUCGAGUUCCGGGAAUCUCAAUCUUCUUUCCACCUCUUCGGCGUCAACUCCCUUCCCCACAUCCGCCUCGUCGGCCCCACCGCAAAAUCGUUGAAAGAUGAGUCGGAACAGAUGGACCAGGGCGAUUUUUCUCGAUUGGCUGAGUCAAUGGCCGAAUUCGUUGAGUCCAGAACUAAACUCACCGUGGGUCCCAUCCAUCGUCCUCCUAUUCUCUCGAAAACUCAAAUGGGUCUGAUCGUUGCCCUUUUGUUGAUCUCUUCUCCGUUCAUCGCUAAAAAGAUCUUCGCCGGGGAAACCCUCUUGCACGAUCCCAAGAUUUGGCUUUCCGGCGCCGUUUUUAUUUAUUUUUUCAGCGUUUCAGGUGCAAUGCAUAAUAUAAUAAGGAAAAUGCCGAUGUUUUUGGUGGAUAGGAACGAUCCCAACAAAUUGAUUUUCUUUUACCAAGGAUCGGGGAUGCAGCUUGGGGCGGAAGGAUUCGCGGUGGGUUUUCUUUAUACAAUAGUGGGAUUAUUGCUAGCUUUCGUUACCCAUUUGCUUGUUUAUGUUAAGAACGCGAAAGCCAAGCGUGUGGCCAUGGUUUUUGCGAUUUGCGUUUCUUUUUGGGCGGUGCAGAAAGUGAUUUUCUUGGACAAUUGGAAGACUGGAUAUGGGAUUCAUGGAUUCUGGCCUUCCAGUUGGAACUGAAGGCAUCAUCUUUUUUGUUUUUUUUUUAGGCUGCUAUAAUUCGAACUAUGGUUUCGAUUCAGUUGGGAAUUUGAUAUCAAUUUUAGAUGUUUUAAUGUACUUUGGGCAAAAUACUGAGCUUAUAGAACGUUAAUCUGUUAUAAGUUGACAUCCAUGAAAAAUCCAUUUCCUAAAA